AUGUCUAUCAAAAAUCCUCACGCAAAGGAUCAAACUUUUGGCAGAAAAACUGUUUUGUUAGGUGGUGAUUUUAGACAGAUCCUUCCGGUAGUUCUACAAGGAAGUAGAGCUGAUACUGUCUUCGCUUCGAUAAGUCAUUCAUAUCUAUGGAACUUCUGCCACAAGUUCUCUUUGAAGACAAAUAUGCGAGUCAACCAGGACGAAAAAGAGUUCUCUGAUUGGCUCCUCAAAGUCGGUGAAGGUCGUCCAGAAUCAGUACAGGAACAUGAGGACGAUGGCUACCAUGACCAAAUGGUAAACAUCGACCCCUCAUUGGUCCAAGAGACUAAAGAUGAGUCAUUAAAGCAAGUUGUCGAUGCAGCGUAUGGUGAUAUCAACCAAAUAGAGGCCUCCCAAAGUUCCUACACCGAUAAAGCUAUCCUAACACCCCGAAAUGAUACAGUCGAUGAAAUCAAUGCGUAUACAAUCUCCAAAACCGACGGAGAGUCAAAAGACUACUACAGUUACGAUAGCUUUGAGGUUUCGGAAACUCAAUCUAACCAAAAUGAUACACUAUACGCCAUUGAGUAUCUCCACUCCAUGGAGUUUCCAGGAUUGUCCCGAUUAUGCUUUUGCGCAACAUAA